CUGUCCGACCCAUCGUCACCGCAAACUGCGCCAGCAACAAUGCUAUCACGGCGGUGGCCAACAGCAACCAUCGAAGUCAACGAGGCGUAGUUAAUUGCUUUCUACGAUUUAUUUUCCUUCGCAACAUGUUCAUCCUCCUCAUCGUCGUCAGCAGCCUGCUAGUGUCAACGACAGAUGCGGUCAUCUCCAGUCGUGGGAGUACCAGCAACAGUAAGGCCAGCUCCGUACCAAGUAAUGGACUGGUGCCCCGCUUUAUCUCACGAGGCCAUACAUACCGAGCGGUAGUCGGCGACACGUUGGUGCUACCAUGUGAAGUAGAAAAUUUGGGAACGCUCGUGCUGCUGUGGCGACGAGGCUCGAAUGUGCUUACCGCCUCGCAGCUGAUGGUUACCCGUGAUGAGCGGAUACGGCUUGUCAACGGGUAUAAUCUGGAGAUUUCCGAACUGGAACCGCAGGAUGCCGGUGACUAUGUCUGUCAGAUCAGCGACAAGGUCAACAAGGACCAGGUGCACACGGUGGAAAUUCUCGUUCCGCCGAGCGUCCGAGCCAUCCCACCCACCGGCCAGGUGACGGCACGCAAAGGCGGUGCCGUAACGCUCGAAUGCAAAGCAUCCGGUAAUCCGGUACCAUCCAUCUACUGGACAAAACGCCAGAGUGGAACGGGCAAAUCGGCUGCCAAGAUCGGCGAAGGACCCGUCCUCUCGCUAGAACGUGUCGAACGUCAGCAGGCCGGUGUGUACCAGUGCACCGCGGACAACAGCGUCGGAGAUCCGGUCACCGUGGACAUGCGGCUCGAUGUGUUGUAUCCGCCCGAUAUCAGCGUGGAAAAAUCGUGGAUUCAUUCCGGCGAGGGUUUUGAGGCGCAGCUCGAGUGUAUCGUACACGCUGAUCCCCAACCAACGGUCUCGUGGAAUCAAAACUCAUUUCCGCUGCAGCCAACCGAUCGGCGUACGAUGUCGUCCAGAGGAAACCGCCACACACUCACCAUCCGCCAUGUGCAGCAGGAAGACUUUGGCAACUACAGCUGCGUUGCGGACAACUCACUGGGACGGUCGAAGAAGUACAUGGAAGUAUCCGGUCGGCCAGGGCCCGCCGAUUUCCUGUCGCCACCGUGGAGCCGCUCGACGGACAGUUUUAAUUUGACCUGGAAAGUGGAAAGCUAUCCACCACUCCAGGAGGUUCGACUGCUCUACCGGAAGCUGAUGAUGAAUGAAACUUUCCAGCAGCCAGGUCGAUGGCACGAUGUCAUUCUAACGCCUGCUCCACGACCCCCAUCAGAGCCGUUGACACACGUCAUGGCGUUUACGUUGCGUGGCCUCCAGCACAGCUCCGUGUACGAAGCCAUCGUGCAGGCGAAAAAUCGUUACGGCUGGAACGAGGUAAGCGACAUCUUCCAGUUCUACACGCAACGAAUAUCGUCCGACAUUCACUCGGAGGAGAUGCAGGUGGCCAGCUCGACGUCGCGUUCCGGCUCUACGUCCUUACACCGAAACGCACCGAAAUCAUCGGUCUGGAGGGUGUUGACACUGACGCUACUGCCCAUACUUCCCUGGGUGAUGUCUCCGUUGUGCGCACUGCUACACGGCGGCACGCUUUUCGAUCGCUCGAAGCUCAUCAUCUAA